AUGACGCAAAUACACCUUCCAGCAGAUGCGGAUCUGCAGGAUUCCCUGGCAACUUUAUAUCCCCACAACCUAACCACUACUUUGCCACCUCACCCACUCAAGCAUGCAGUCAGUCGUGGACGCGAGGUACUUCAGCGAGGACCACGUCGCACCAAGUUUCUAGUUGGGGCUGUGGUGUGCAUUGUUUCACUGGUAACGCUUGUGGCUUUGUUGGCUGUGUGCCGAAGUAUCCAACGGAGAGUGAGUCAUGGUGCAGCAACACCCCGCAAUCUUUCGGAUACGGCAGAGGAUCAGGAGCGAUCCGGCAUUUUGGACCAGUGCCUGGAUUUGGAGGCGGAGCAUGGCAUUUGGGGAGCUGGUUUCGAGGACAGUGGGGACGCGACAGAAGCAAAGGCUAGGCUGGUAUCCAUGCUGCAGGUAUCCUCAGCGGCUUUUGAACACAUGCAGAUUCUCACUUCACAGGGAUCCCAAGAUGAAGCUCAUUCUCCAUUGUCUAAGUUUCCUCGGCUAGAUGAGUCAUGGCAGUCCACCUCGCACCCAGGGGUGUCUGCUGGCAGAUUUGGGUCAGACCGUAGUGGAGGGGAAGUGGGCAGUGCGUCCGACCAUUUUAGUGCAGAUGCCUGGCGGGCGGAUCCGGCAUGGCCCGCUUUUGGGGAAGAGGGGCAGCAAGGGCUGGCCGCAGGAGCGAGCGGAAUGCAAGGGCCUCAGUGGAAUGUAUCAGAAUCUCGAACAAGUUCGUCGGGUAUUUAUGAACAAGAGGUAAUUACAAACCAAGGGGCCUUUUCGUCAGUUGGCAGCGCAACCAGCAGUGAAGACCCCCGGAAUCCUGCGGCUUGGCUCGACUACCACUCAGGUAGCAUGUAUCCGCAGGCCCUUCAGCACAGUGCAGUGGACACUGCAUUGCAAAAGGGAUUCCAAGAUGAAGCUCAUUCUCCACUGUCUAAGAUUCCUCGGCUAGAUGAGUCAUGGCAGUCCACCUCGCACCCAGGGGUGUCUGCUGGCAGAUUUGGGUCAGACCGUAGUGGAGGGGAAGUGGGCAGUGGGUUCGACCCUUUUAGUGCAGAUGCCUGGACGGCGAAUCCGGCAUGGCCUGUUUUGGGGGAAGAGGGGCAGCAAGUGCAGGCCGCAGGAGCGAGCGGAAUGCAAGGGCCUCAGUGGAAUGUAUCAGAAUCUCGAACAAGUUCGUCGGGUAUUUAUGAACAAGAGGUAAUUACAAACCAAGGGGCCUUUUCGUCAGUUGGCAGCGCAACCAGCAGUGAAGACCCCCGGAAUCCUGCGGCUUGGCUCGACUACCACUCAGGUAGCAUGUAUCCGCAGGCCCUUCAGCACAGUGCAGUGGGCACUGCAUUGCAAAACCCAACGGUGGAUGCAGCCUCACUAGCUUCAACUGAUACGGGUUCGUUUGGAACUGACAGCCCUGCAGGUACAGUCGGUCGUGGGAACUUUCCUGGAGGCUUCGGCUAUGGCAAUUCAGUGUUGAUGUGGCAAGCGGAAAUAGUUCAACAGCGUGGGAGCCAGGCGCAAGCCGCCAACGGUACUUUGGAUGCCUCGGAGAUAUCCGAGUCUGCUAGAGGUGGGCCCGUAACCAGCGGCGACGAGAGGGAAAGGUGUAACGCUCCGGACAUUCGUCAGCAUCCUUUUGUGCGGCUGCCUGAGGUAAAUCCGGAGAGUAUUUGCACAAAGUUCUGUCCGAGCCGUGCACUAUUGAUCGAUCUAAAUGUUACUGGCCCAAUGGGGGCAUACACGACAAUACGUGAGUUAUUUGCUAAGCCUUCACUGACGGCUGCAGAUGUGGACUUACUCGUGACCAACGUUGAAAACUUG